UGGCGGACACUGCCACAGAGCCGCUGCCGAACGGCAACGCGGCGGCCGAGGAGGAGGAGAGACUGAAGCAGCGUCCAGCGGACAUUGACGCUGAUGUCCGCGAAAUGGAGCGCCGCAAGCGCGUGGAAGCGCUCAUGUCCUCCAAGCUGUUCCGCGAGGAGCUGGAGCGGGUGCUGGACCAGCAGAUGCACGAGGGAGGCGACGCGCCGCUGCUGCAGCGCAUACGGGAGAUGGUCGGCGGCAGGCUGCACACCGGCACCUUCAGGAGCCCCAGCUGCGUGCUUCCCAUCAACGACAUCCGCGGCAUCGAGGGCUUCGGCUAUGAGAAGGGCGAGAAAAUUCUGCGCUGCAAGCUGGCGGCUUGCUACCGUCUGGUAGACCUGUUCGGGUGGACCCAGACUGGCAUCAACGGUCAAAUCACCGCCCGUCUCAACACCGCCGUGGAGCAAGUCCUGACCACUCCUCGCGGGCUACUCCCUCAUGAGGUCACCGCCUCCUCGCUGGUGAAGGUCGACAUGCAGGGGGUGGUCCAGGACCAGGGGACCACCAACUUCCCUGUGAACGUUGAAGGGUUCUCCCUGCACGCGGCAGUGCACGCGGCGCGGCCCGACCUGCGCUGCGUGCUGCACCUGCGCGCGCCGGCCGCGCUCGCCGUGUCCAGCGCGCGCCGCGGCCUGCUGCCGCUCGGCCACGAGGCCGCGCUGCUGGGGCCGCUCGCCUACCACAGCGUGCCGCCCGGUCUCUUGGACAACGAGGAGCAUGAGAAAAUGGUCCGCGCCCUGGGACCCUCAGCCAAGGUGCUCAUGCUGAGCGGCGCCGGGGCCCUUUGCUGCGGAGCGUCACUCGAGGAGGCCUUCCACCAUGCCAGGCAGCUGACUGCCGCUUGUGAGGUCCAGCUGCGCCUGGCAGCUGUUCCGCAGGACGACCUGCAUCUGCUGGAUGAGGAGACUAGACACAAGAUCUACACGCAGUCCCGGUCGGCGCCGGCGGGCGACGCCAAGUGGCGUGUGGGCGGCGAGGAGUUCGAAGCACUCAUGCGCAUGCUGGACAACGCCGGCUUCCGCACCGGCUACAUCUACCGUCACCCGCUCAUCAAGAACGAGGUUCCGAAACCCAAGAACGACGUGGAAGUGCCGCCGGCGGUGUCCUCUCUGGGAUACCUGCUUGAAGAAGAGGAGCUCUACCGACAAGGCAUCUGGAAGAGGGGCAGCGGGAAGGUCGGCGAGCGCACCCGCUGGCUCAACUCUCCCAACGUGUACCAGAAGGUGGAGGUGCUGGAGACGGGCACCAACGACCCCAAGAAGAUCACCAAGUGGGUCGACGCUAACAACGAAGAGUGGGUGCAAGAUGGCUCGCCCGGGCACUCGAGCACGCCCCUCAAAAUUGACACCCUACAGUUUGUGCCUAUUAACACCAACCCUAAGGAGUUCAAGGCACUCCAGCAGCAGAUCAAGGACAACCGCCGCGCGGAUAAGAUCAGCGCCGGACCUCAGUCUCAUAUCCUCGAGGGCGUCACCUGGGACGAGGCUAGUAAGCUGGUAGGCGAAGAUGCCGUCAACACACACACCGGGGACCAUGUGGUCCUAAUGGGAGCAGCGUCCAAGGGCAUCAUACAGCGCGGACACCAGCACAACGCUACCAUGUACAGCGCGCCGUACGCGCGCAACCCGUUCGAGCACGUCACCGACAGCGACAUCGACGAAUAUAAGCGUCAAAUCGAGCGCCGCGCUCGCCCCGACUACGAUACGGACCUGUCGGAGUCCGAGGCCAUCAGCGCCGCGCAGAUCACGUCGCCGGCCAGCGCCACCGAGACCGAGGAGGAGUCGCGGGACGAGCACCGCGUCCUAAGAAUAGAGACGAAGCAAGUGCCGGUGAGGAGUCAGCCAGAGGUCGUGUUGAGCGAUGUGGACACGACAGACUUUCUGCAUGCCGAGCGGUCACAUGCCGAUCGGACCCGAGGUACUAAGCUAACACCGGAAGCUAGCGAAGCACUGUCCACUAACAAACGAUCCUUCCAUGACUAUUCCCGAAACAGCAACGUUGGUAGGAUCAUUCAGAAAUAUGAUGAUGAUAAAAAACAUCCCAAGUGUAAAGUCAGUCUGAAUGAUAGGCUAGGUAAUGAAGCUAGGGCUAAUGUAGAUGCAGUCAAUGAUCACAAGGAAAAUUAUGUUUUUAAAUCUAACAAGGCUUUAAAUUUAGAUAUUGCGGAAGUCAACCAAGUCACUAAAGAUCCUAUGGAUCUUGACAAAAAGAGUAAUCAAGACGAUCUAAGCAGUAGGUCCAGCCUGUAUUCCAUCCCAUCAAUAGAAUGGGACGGAAGAUUCAGGUCCGAUUACACCCUUCGAACCCAAUCAUUGCCCAGGAAAAGGGUAAAGUCCACGACCAAUUUGUUUAGAACCAGAUCCCACAGCGGAUUCCUGAAUUCUUACAUCAGAGACCCGGAACCGAAUCAUUUCCACAUUCCUAAAUGUAGAUCUUGCGGGUCCAGCACUAACUCCUUCGUCUGGGAGGUUAACAAAGAAAGGAGAAGCCAGAAACCACAUUCCGUGUAUUUCUCAGUGGAUAACAUACACCAAGAAUGUCAAAAAGAAGAAUUGCCUGACAUAGUUAAGGUCAAAGAGACGAUAGUGCCCGUUUUUAAAGUAGCCGAAAUUCAGGAUGAGUUUGUUGAAAGCCAAGAGUUCAAUGAAGAUAACUAUCUGGCUGAUUUGAAUAGUUUUUCUUCGGGAAAUCAGACGGUUAUUGAAUCCGCUGAUCAAAACGAUGUCACAAUGACUGAAUCCAAUAUUGUUGAAGACAAUGUUCAAGUACAAGGAAACGAUGGCAUUGCUUCUAAAGCUGAGAUUGUCCAAGUAGAUUCGGAAAAUACACACGAUAAUCCGGAUACUAAUGAAGGCGAAUACCACAGCUUUUCAGAUGAAAUGGACUUUGAAGACGUUUACGAGAGUCCAGUCAAAGAUCUAGUUGAGAAGGACAUAAGGGAUUAUUCAGUGCCUAUUAAUUUCUAUUGUGAAGAUUACACAAAAAAAGAAAGUCCGAAAAAGUCGCCAAAGAAAAUUAUAGCGGCGAUCAAAGAUAAUUUGAUUCUAGAACCAAUACUUGAAGAAUCAAAAAGCUCUUAUGACGAAUCUGGUAGUUUCAAUAAUGAUACUACUAAUGUGAGAAACUGUUCGGAUACCGAGGUUGUGUUUAUCGAAGCAAGUAAUGAAAUUCCCAGCUCUAGUGUGCCUACAUUUGAUGACCGCGACGUUAGAAAUAACCAAUUCAAAGAAAUUGUAGAGAGAAAUAUCGAACCCUCUAGUGAAGAAAUUAACAAACCCAGUAAAAAUGACAAUAUUGAUGAUGUUAAAAUUCCUUGCGCAGGUAUGCAGCUAAAAUGCGAAAUUACAAACCAAGAAAAAGACUUGUCUGCCCAAGAUGUGGCACAUACAUCAAACGAAAUAUUUGCGAUGCCUAAUACAACAGACGACAAUGUAUUCAAAAUUCCUAAUGCCAUCCCACCACGAACCAUAAAAAAUGAAAUUGUUGACGACGUAAAACUGCGAAAGUCCGAUGACUACAGUAUUGCGUCUAGUACCGAACUAGCGAGCUUCGAUUCCACCGCUGAAUUCGAGAAAUAUGAAGUCAUUGCUGAUAUUUUAGGCAAGAUCAUAAAUCGUAUCGAUGUACAAACAGAAAAUGACUAUUUGGUCAACAUUCCUGUUUUUAUGAAACAAAGUGACGAUCUUCAUUUUGACUACAAAAAUCCGACUGAAGAAAGUAAGUUGGAUGUGUCUGAUCAAUCAGACAAUGCAGAAAUAUUUUCUAUAACCAAAAUAAUUCAAGAAAUCGAAGGAACUGCCACUUUUAAUGAAUCCGUGUCAACUGAAAUCAGUGAAGUGGAUAGUCAGCCCCACAAAAUAGCCGAAGCCAUUGUUUACUUCAUAUUCGAAAGUGCAUGCUCCGUUUGGGAAAAUAAAGAAAAGAGUAAAGCGAGGAUUGUUAAACGAGUUAUAACUGUUGUGGACCCCGAAGAUAUACUGUUUACUGCCGCAAGUCUGUGGCCUGAAACAAUUGAUUCAAAUGAAGAAUUAAAGGAAAUCGAUAAUAAACCAGAAUCCGUAAAAGAGACUACAGAAGAGAUCCCUCACCAUAGUCCCGAUAACACGGAACCGCGUACGCUUAAUAACGCAGAUGAUGGUUUUGACAACUUAAAUUUAGGGCCAGUAAUAAUUAAUGAGUUACUAGACAAAAUAGUAUUUGAUCCUGACCUUCAUGUUUUAAAUAAUGACAUAUCAGACACAAAAACUCCUUCAUAUACCGUUCCAAAUUUAAAAGAAUGUAAUGAAGACACAAAUGAACAGCCAACACAAAUGGUAAGCAUAGGAGAAGAUGCCAUAGCGAAUCUUUUUCGGUAUUUAAGCGACGAAACGCUUUUGAAAUCGAAUGAAAACUUGAGAAAUGUAGCCGAAAUUAAUGAUACGAAUGUGCAAGAAUUAAUAGGGGCUGAUUCAGGAAUUUUACCUAUUAACAGUAGCAUCCAACCCCAAGAAGGCAGCGACAAUGGCUAUGAAGGGUCCGUCUACGACAAUAUUAAUAAUAAUGUGCAGUUAAUCGAUAAUGAACAAGAAGAUAUACCCCUCGGUUACCAACCUGAGAAUAUCAAAUAUUCCAACAUUAUUGAUAAUAUUGAAGACGCCGAACAAACCCGAGAAUUGCGAACUGAUUGUGAUAUUACACUAGCAUCUGUAACAACAUCAAGGUUCGAUACUUUCAAUGACAAUAUUGAAAUUGAUACAAGAAUACUCGACGAAAUCGAAGAUGAUGAUGAUGAUGUUGAUGCAGAACUUUUGAAUCAGUUGUGUAAUAACGAUGAUUGUGAAUCUAUUGUCUCAGAAAUUGUGUAUACAGUGCCAUCUGAUCAUAAAAUACCAUUUAAUGCUGAAUCAGGUGAAUCUGAAGAUGUUGUUAUUAGUCAAAAAGAUGAAAUAAUGUAUGCUAUUAGUUCUCAUGACGACUUACCCAAAGCCGAAGAAAGCGCAGAAGCUUUUAAUGACACUUUCGUAAUAAUUCCUGACGAAUGUUGCAGUUCUGCGCUAGGAAGCGACAUGAACACAGCGUUCGUACAAGACGAUUAUUUCAACAGUAUAUCCUCUUCACCAAACACACAGAAAACCAAUUUCGAAUCGUGUACAGAAUCACCAAUAGUGAACACCAGUAAUAGUACACUUUACGAAAAAGAUGAUUCCAUUCUUGGUUCGCCAUUUGUCAAAAGAGCAUCCGUUAUAUCUAUGUCACAGACAGAACAUAGAGGAGGCGUCAAAUACUGGCUAUCAUUCGAUGAGAGCUUAACAGAAAUAGACAGACAUAAAGACUCAUACAGACCCGUCAAAAAGUUUAAUGAAAACAAGAUACCAAGCUUCUUCAAAGUUGAUUUCGAUAGCGACCUUCACGACAGCUACGAGAGUAGUUUUAAAAGAUCCAGUGUACUUUUAGACGAUUAUAAUAGUGAAGAAAGCAACGUUGCGAUGGAAGACAGCUUCAUAUCGGCUAAACCUAACUCGAACUACGACACUUGCGAUUCUGAUCUAUUGGAAAAUAUGCCCGAAAAAAUGCUUCUUUACAAUACUAGAUCUGAAUUUCAUAAAAAGCGUCUGUAUUCCACAUGGCCACCGUUCGAAGAUACGUUGUUUUAUAGGAUUAUUUCUAAGUUUAGGAUGUCGGAAAGUUUUGAUCCAAGCGACUUGGAUAAUGUGGAGAAAAUUAAUAUCACUCACUAGUUGUUAGUGAUAAGAUUAUAAUACUUGUUGCAUAUAUAACAAACUGAAACGCAUCUUACAAAUUUUGAUAUACCUACUUACAUUUCGAUCCUAAUUUAAAAUGACAAUAAAUGACAUGCAAUCUGACGUUGCAUGUAUUGUUGUCAUUAUUAAAGGUUAAUUUACAGGGUAUAGUCAAAG